AUGUUGCCAACAGUAGUCGCGCGAUCCCGCUCGGCAUGGAAGGGUCCUUUCUUCGUCGCCUUCCCCAACUUGGCGGAAGCGCUCAAGAACAACACUCCCAUCCGAACCAACGCUAGAAGCUGCACAAUCCUUCCCAACUUCGUCGGACUCAAGUUUAUGGUUCACAACGGAAAGCAUCACAUCCCUCUCACCAUCACCGAGGAGAUGGUCGGCCACAAGCUCGGAGAAUACGCGCACACACGAGCGCGCUUCAGCUACCGAUUGACGAAGAACAAGUAG